AUUUUUCUGUCUAUUACAGGUGCCUUUUACCUUGUGUUUGAGUACAUGGACCAUGACCUAAUGGGGCUGCUAGAAUCUGGCUUGGUACAUUUCUCAGAGGACCAUAUCAAGUCUUUCAUGAAACAGUUAAUGGAGGGUCUGGAUUACUGUCACAAAAAGAAUUUCCUUCAUCGAGACAUCAAGUGCUCCAACAUUUUACUGAACAACAGCGGGCAGAUCAAACUUGCAGAUUUUGGGCUCGCCCGACUCUACAGCUCGGAGGAGAGCCGUCCCUACACCAACAAAGUCAUUACGUUGUGGUACCGACCCCCGGAGCUGCUGCUCGGGGAGGAGCGUUACACCCCUGCCAUCGACGUGUGGAGCUGUGGCUGUAUCCUCGGGGAACUGUUUACAAAGAAGCCUAUUUUUCAAGCCAAUCUGGAGCUGGCUCAGCUUGAAUUAAUCAGGUAAAGCUUUGCGCACGCAUGUCUG